AGCGCAGAGGAAGUAGAGGCCGGAGCAGAGGAAACAUGGCGGGGCGCGCAAAAAGAAAAAACAAAUCUAUUCAGGAUUGCUUUACAGAGAAUGGAAAACUAAAGAAAGCACGCACGAAUGAACUGAAGGACGUGUCUACAUCAACAAUAACGUCUCUACAACGCGACGAAAUGAAAGAACUUUACAGUCUUGAAAUGCCUGAAGAUUUGUAUCACUUUUGGGACUUCUGCAAGGAACUCUGUCCGGACAACCCCCGUGGUGCAUUAACAGACACACUUGGGUUACAGCUGGUUGGUCCCUUUGACGUUCUGGCUGGAGCUCACAAAAAACUAAAGACCAAACCAAACUUAAAUCUUCAUUGUCGAUACUUCUAUGAUCCACCAGAAUUUCAAACUAUAAUUCGAAGUGAUUGCAGCCAGCUUCACUUCGGCUAUUACAGAGAUACUCCAGACUCACUUCCCUCAUUUGUGGGUGAGAAUGAUGCCAAGAAAGGCUGCACUAUAACACAGAUGGGAGAAAAUGUGUUUGCUGCUGUUUAUUUGUAUAUUCAGAGGAAAAAGAAAGAAAAGGGAAGCCAGAAGCCAGAUUUGGAAAGCCUCGAGGAGAAGCUACAAGACAAAGCUGAGAUUCUGGGGUUUUCACUUGAGCAGAAAACCAAAGACAUGAAGCAAAGAGAUAAGAAGGUGGUCACCAAAACAUUCCACGGUGCAGGCAUAGUCGUACCUGUCGAUAAGAAUGACGUCGGAUACAGAGAACUGCCUGAAACAGAUGCUGCGCUCAAGAAGAUCUGCAAAGCCAUCGCUGAAGCCAAAACUGACGAAGAACGAAUUAAAGCGUUUGGGCCUAUACAGGAGAUGAUCACUUUUGUGCAGUUUGCGAAUGACGAGUGCGACUACGGCAUGGGCUACGAACUGGGAAUGGACCUAUUCUGUUACGGAUCCCACUAUUUUCAUAAAAUUAUCAAGCAGCUUCUCCCACUGGCCUACAACUUACUGAAGAGGAGUCUUUUUGGAGAAAUUGUUGAGGCUCAUCUGUCAAACCGCAGUCAGGAACCUGUGGACCAACUGGCAAACUAAAAAAAAAAACGACACAAAAUAAAACCCUACACGUGUUCAUAUCUUUCUCAAUGUACAUUUAUCUGUUUACUGCGUUUGACUCUGUUGACUGGUGCUGUAAUAUGUGCUCUUAAGUUUGGAAACAGUUCAGUGAUGCGUUCAUAGUGUGUGAAAAUAUCAAAUUCUAAUAAAGAUUUUGUUUUAUAUU